CAAGCAAUCCCAUCUCUCCUCAUCACAUCCCAACCAGCUACAAUGAAACCCACAACCAGCAUUCUCUUAGCCUUUUUUCUCCUCACAGCGGCCGUCUCUCUAGCGGCCCGCUCCGGAUCCGACGGGUCCUUUUCAGCCCAGCUCAAGCACUCCUCCAAGAACAAAAACGACAAAGGCGGUGGAAACGAUGGCGGCAUGGGCGGGUUCUUUGGGCCCGGAGGCGGGUUCGGCAUACCCGGUUUAGGGAAAGGGUGGGGCGGUGGAAACGGUAUGGGAGGCGGGUACGGACUCGGGGUCGGAGGUCCUAAUGGAGGUUACGCUAAGGGUGGCGUCACAAGGCCUACUGUGGUGUGCAACGAAAAGGGUCCGUGCUACAACAAGAAGCUUACGUGUCCGGCCAAGUGCUUCACUUCCUACAGCCACGCCGGGAAGGGAUAUGGAGGAGGCGGAGGCGGCGGCGGGUGCACCAUGGACUGCAAGAAGAAAUGUACUGCUUAUUGCUAGAUCGAUGGAUAAUUAUUAAGCAGCCAGUAUGCGGCCCGUAUUUAAUUAACUAGUUUCUUUCUAUUACGAUCUCAGUAGUUGUAUAAGUAUGAGACGACGUAGUUUUAUAUAUAUAUAUAUAGCUUAUAUUAUAUAUAUGUGAUUUUGGUGUAA